AUGGCCCAUGACGUAGAUUAUAAUUUCGGCGAUUCUUAUAAUACUGAAAAUACAUACAUUGACAAACACUGGACCAAUGGGUAUGCCGCUAGUUCAAUUGAUACACAUGUUUUACAAGGAAUUAAAUGUAGACAAGAAAAACCGACAGACUUGAGGUAUCAAACUCAAAACACUUUCAACGUUGGUAAUAUAAUAAACAAAUGUUCUGAAAACAAACGAUAUAAAAGUAAUAAUGUAAUGAAGCACAAGAAACUGUCGAGUAAAAUGAAAGCAAGUUCAUUCAGUUACCGGGCUCCGAAAUGCUCAAUGAGAAUAGCUGAAUUGGCGAUUCCAGCUAAACGACGAUGUCUUGAAACUUGGAGAGAAAAUUACGACAAGCUGUCCAUUUUUGCGGUGGAACGCUUAAGGAAAUAUGUGAUGGACGAGUAUCCAAUAGUGCGUAUCCCAGAUGCGAUUCGUAGUUUUAAGCACGCCAGUUCGUUGAAGAGGCGAGUUUUACGAUUUAUUUACAUUAAUCUAUAG